UCAGCGCCAGUGUAACAAAAGACAGCGCAGCAGCUACUGGGCAACGUGCCGCGAUGGGGAGAGCGGGCAUUAACUAACUAACAUCUUAAAUCAUGGAAUACAUGUAUCGAGUUACACUGAUUUGUCUUUACUGCACCCCGUCGUCCUUGACUGUUUUACAUACUUUUCGAUAUCUGAUCACAGAAGGCUUGGAAAACAGCACAAUUCCUAAGUUAACAUUUUCUGAAAUGGUGGGAGAAGACGAGCUCUAUUACUAUGACAGCGAUAAUAUGAGACUUAUCCACCGAUAUAAUUGGUUAGAAGGACUGGAGAAGUUUAAUUUAUAUUUACUUUAUGAAAUGAUUUAUGGUCUUCCAGGAACUAUUGUAAAAUACAAGAGACAUGUCCUAGGAUUAUUAAACCAACCAAGUGUGAUUCGCAUUGGACAGAUAAUUGUCGGCUGUGAGAUAGACCAAGAAGAUAAGACUGACUGGUUCUUUAGUCACGUUGGAUAUAACGGAGAAGAUUUGUUUGACAUUGACUUGGAAGAACAUACCUGCGCUAUUUUGGAUAACGAAGCAGACAGUUUGAAAGAAGAAUGCAAUUUUGAGAUAAGAAGUUAUUACAUGGAAGUUGAUGUGUUUAGAGAAUAUUGUGUUCUAUCAUUAAAGGAAUACCUGUUGUUUGGAAAAGAGACACUGGAGAGGAAAGGUGGGUCAUUCUACUGUACAUUGGUUUCUUAUUUUGUGUUUUGUUUAGUUUUAAAUAUAAGUAUACCAGAGUGAUGCAGAGAUUAGCAUUGUCACCACAUGGACUUUGUGUUCAAAUCCUCUGGCCAGGUGCUGUCUGUUUCAAGUAAUCCAGUUUUUCACUCAUAUAUUAGAAACAUGCAAGUUAAAUUAAUUGGCAACUCUAAAUUGGCCUACUGUAGUGUUUGUGAAUGUGAGUGUAUACAUAUAUG